UUUUGAUAGAGUAAGUACAGGAGGAGAAGAAGACAGAGAAAGAGAGGGAGUAUUUUUUAUGGAGUAAAUAGAGUGAGUUCAUUCAUUCACUCAUCACUGCUCUUUUCUCGUGAAACGCCUUACAAAGCCAGAAUUCCCUCUCUUUUCAGACCCACAAAUCAAGCUUUCUUUCAGAACACCUGUACCUCAAUACAACACAACUCAGCUCUACUUACCCAUAUUACGCUUCCUCUGCCUUCUCCAAUCAUGUUCUGCCACUGUCAAAUGAUGCUUGAUUUCCAUCUUCUUUAGUGCAGUUAAGGUUCUUUUGUUUGGUUGUUCUUGUUUCUUGUUUCUCCAUUCUGUUCCUUUCUUGUGGGUAUUUUGUUUCUGGCCAUACCCUCUUAUGAGUUGUCCUUUUUUCUAUCAAAUUAACGGAUUUGUUUGCCCUUCAAUGCCUGGUUUUACUGGAAAAGUUUGGAGAUUUGGAUGCUUGUUCUGCUAUUAAUCUCUUCUCUGUGUACCUCUGAAUAUUUAAGUGGGUUUUAUGGAGUUUUGAGAGAAAGCUAGGAAGAUUUGUUGGUGUUGUUGCAACAUAAAAGAUAAUCAAACGAUGGAAUUUUUAUGUUUGUUGUCUCUGUUGGUAGUUGGAGCUUUAUCAAAAUCUCAGCUUGUAGGUGGUGACGUAAAUGAUGAAGCUACAAUGUUGGCCAUCAACAGAGAGCUUGAUGUGCCUGGUUGGGGUGUCAACAAUACAGAUUACUGCAAUUGGACUGGCAUUCACUGUGACUUGAACCAAUCAUUUGUUGUAAGGCUUGAUCUUUCGCUUCAGCUUCGAGGUAAUGUCACCUUAAUCUCUGAGCUUAAAGCAUUGAGAAGACUUGAUCUUUCUAGUAAUAAUUUUUAUGGACCUAUUCCUUCAUCUUUUGGGAACUUAUCUGAGCUUGAAUAUCUUGAUUUGUCAUUGAAUAAAUUUGAAGGUUUCAUUCCUAGCGAAAUUGGUAAUCUCAGAAACCUUAGAUAUUUAAAUCUCUCCAAUAAUAUGCUUGUGGGAGAGAUACCUGAUGAGCUUAAGACUCUAAAAAGGUUGGAGGAGUUUCAAAUUUCUAGUAAUAAGUUGAAUGGCUCUAUUCCUUAUUGGGUUGGAAAUUUGACCAAUUUAAGAGUGUUUACAGCCUAUGAGAAUCAGUUAGAGGGUGAAGUUCCAGUUAAUCUAGGUUCAGUUUCUGAACUUACAUUAUUGAACCUUCAUUCAAACCAGCUGGAAGGGUCAAUACCAAAGAGCAUUUUUGCUUUGGGGAAGCUUGAAGUUUUGGUCCUCACUCAGAACAAAUUUAGUGGUGAUAUUCCUGAAUCGAUCGGAAACUGCAAAGGCCUUUCUAGUGUCCGAAUUGGGAACAAUGAUCUUGUAGGAGUUAUUCCCAAGGCCAUUGGAAAUGUUAGCGGCCUCACAUACUUUGAAGUGGACAAUAACCAUCUCUCUGGUGAGAUUGUCUCAGAGUUUGCUCAGUGUUCUAAUCUCACUCUUCUUAAUUUGGCUUCAAAUGGCUUUACUGGUGUAAUUCCUCCAGAGCUUGGGCAACUAAUAAAUCUGCAGGAGCUGAUUCUUUCUGGAAACAGCUUGUUUGGUGAUAUUCCUAAUUCUAUUCUUGGGUGCAAGAAUCUUAACAAGCUUGAUUUAAGCAAUAACAGAUUCAAUGGAACCAUUCCUAGUGAAAUCUGCAACAUGUCAAGAUUGCAGUACUUGUUAUUGGGUCAAAAUUCAAUCAAGGGGGAGAUACCUCAUGAGAUUGGAAAUUGUUUAAAACUGCUUGAAUUGCAAUUGGGUAGUAACUAUUUGACUGGAAGCAUCCCUUCUGAGAUUGGUCAUAUUAAGAACUUGCAGAUAGCCUUAAAUUUGAGCUUUAAUCACCUCCAUGGGCCGCUGCCUCCUGAAUUAGGGAAGCUUGAUAAGCUGGUUUCUUUGGAUGUCUCUAAUAAUCAGCUUUCAGGUAAUAUUCCAGCUGCACUCAAAGGCAUGUUGAGCUUGAUAGAGGUUAAUUUUUCAAAUAAUCUGCUCACUGGCCCAGUUCCCAACUUUGUACCAUUCCAGAAGAGCCCAAAUUCAAGUUUUUUUGGUAAUAAUGGUCUCUGUGGAGAUCCAUUGAGCUUUCCAUGUGCAAGUAAUACUGGUCCUGAUGGUAAAAAUUACCAUCACAGGGUUUCUUACCGGAUCAUACUAGCUGUUAUCGGCUCUGGUCUGGCAGUCUUUAUAUCAGUAACUAUAGUUGUUCUGCUGUUUAUGAUGAGGGAAAGGCAGGAGAAAGCAUCCAAAACUGCUUGGAUUGCAGAUGAUGCAGCCAGUAAUCAACCAAAGAUAAUAGCUGGGAAUGUCUUUGUUGAGAAUCUCCAACAGGCAAUAGAUCUUGAUGCGGUUGUUAAGGCUACAUUGAAGGAGCCAAAUAAGCUCAACUGUGGGACUUUCAGUACAGUUUACAAGGCAGUUAUGCCUUCUGGGUUGAUUCUUUCCGUGAAGAGACUGAAAUCCAUGGAUAGAACUAUAAUUCAUCACCAGAGUAAGAUGAUUAGAGAACUUGAAAGGCUGAGCAAACUGUCUCAUGAAAAUUUAGUGCGGCUAAUUGGAUUUGUAAUUUAUGAAGAUGUUGCUCUUUUGCUGCAUCUUUAUUUCCCAAGCGGAACACUAGCACAACUUCUUCAUGAGUCUGCAAAGCAAUCUGAAUAUCAACCUGACUGGCCAAGAAGACUUUCCAUUGCCAUUGGUGUAGCAGAAGGGCUGGCAUUCCUUCACCACGUGGCAAUUAUACACCUUGAUAUCUCCUCAGGUAAUGUACUUUUGGAUGCUGACUUCAAGCCUCUGGUUGGGGAGAUUGAAAUAUCAAAGCUCUUAGAUCCUUCCAAAGGUACUGCAAGUAUCAGUGCUGUUGCUGGUUCCUUUGGCUAUAUUCCCCCAGAAUACGCAUAUACAAUGCAAGUCACCGCACCAGGAAAUGUUUAUAGCUAUGGGGUUGUUUUACUCGAGAUCCUAACAUCACGACUACCCGUUGAUGAGGAGUUCGGUGAAGGGGUGGAUUUGGUGAAAUGGGUUCAUGGUGCUCCUUCAAGAGGGGAAACCCCAGAGCAAAUAUUGGAUGCUAGACUUAGUACAGUUUCCUUCGGUUGGAGGAAAGAAAUGCUUGCGGCUCUGAAGGUAGCUUUACUCUGCACAGACAGCACACCAGCGAAACGACCAAAAAUGAAGAAAGUUGUGGAAAUGCUUCAAGAAAUUAACCAAAACUGAGUAGGGCCUAAUCUUAAUGUUCUGCUGUCUGAACCCAACAAGAAAUCUUCAUAGGAAGCUAUGGAAUCAUGAACAUAAAUAUUCAACUCAUUUCAGAAAAUUCUGUUUGCAUGAAGAAGUGAUGAGUCCACAUAUUUUGGUCAAAACGAUAAGCAUAUUCCGAUGAACAGAUUAUGCAAGAGAUAUGAGAGCUUGUAAUCAAUGUAAGUUGUAAACAGAAUAGAUUGUUGGUUAUUGUUAUGAGGGUGCUUGAAUAGGGAAGCAGUACUCUUUUAAGUUUAUGUUGAAUAUUAGGCACAAAGUUGCGAUGUUCAAGUUUC